UCUAAGUCUGUCAUGACCCACGCCCCGAGAGCCGCCGUUCAACCACAGCUAACAAAACACUCAAUGACAUUGAAAUAUAUCCAUCCCGGAUUCCCACAUAUCGUAUUCUCUGAAACGUUUGGCUUCCACUCAAGUCUUCUGGGGGCCGUUUGACUUGAUGUGAAGCGAUUCCAAUCUGAGUGAGCCCUCUUGCUGACGGAGAGCAUCUCUCCUGCCAGACGAGAGCUGAGCUAGCGGCUCGACGGCUAGCAGCUAGCAGGCUAGCGGCUAGCGAGUGUCGCUAUGAUGGCGGAGCUGGUGCAGCAGGGAGGCGGCGGAGGAGGAGGACAGGCCUCGGUCGGUGGCCAGCCGGGCCUCAAGUCGGACGGCCUGGCCGACGCCUUGCAGCGGGCCCGCCAGAUGGUGGGGAAGAUGGGCGGUGGCGAGGCCCUGGCGCACAUCAACAGCUCUGUGGCCAGCGUGGAGCCGUCCCUCUACUACAAGCGAGCGCCCGACGACACCGGUAAUCCACUGUCAGCUGUGGGACACCAAAGGGUGUUGACGGAGGACUACAAGGUUCCCGACAGGAUGGUGGGCUUCAUCAUCGGCCGAGGCGGCGAGCAGAUCACCAGGAUCCAGUUGGAGUCGGGAUGCAAGAUCCAGAUCGCCGCCGACAGCGGCGGUCUGAUGGAGCGUCCCUGUUCCCUGACUGGAACUCCAGAGUGCAUCGAGCAGGCCAAGCGUCUCCUGGUCCAGAUCGUGGACCGCUGUAGGAACGGUCCCGGUUUCCAUGGCGACGGGGAGGGCGGAGCCCUGGUGCAGGAGAUGUUGAUCCCGGCCAGCAAGGUGGGGCUCGUGAUUGGCCGAGGAGGAGAGACUAUCAAACAGCUGCAGGAGCGUGCGGGCGUGAAGAUGAUGAUGAUUCAGGACGGUCCCAUGCCCACAGGAGCAGACAAGCCUCUGCGCAUCUCUGGAGAUCCGUACAAAGUUCAGGCGGCGAAGGAGCUAGUUCUGGAGGUGAUCCGGGAAAAGGACGCCGACUUCCGGUCGGGACGCAGCGACUUCUCCGCCCGGCUGGGAGGAACCAGCCUGGACGUUCCCGUUCCCAGAUUUGCGGUCGGCAUCGUCAUCGGCCGCAACGGAGAAAUGAUCAAGAAGAUCCAGAAUGACGCUGGAGUGCGGAUCCAGUUCAAAACGGAUGACGGCAUCAGUCCGGAGCGCGUCGCCAUGGUGAUGGGCCAGCUGGAACGCUGUCAGCACGCUUUGCACCUCAUCAACGAACUCAUCCAGACCGCACAGGAGCGGGACGGCUUCGGCUCGGCGCUGAGGGGCAGCCGGGUCAGAGGCCGCGGGGGCGAUUGGACCAUGGGUUCCCCCGGCCCCCUGCAGGAGGUCACCUACACCAUCCCCGCAGACAAGUGCGGCCUGGUCAUCGGCAAAGGCGGCGAAACCAUCAAGAGCAUCAACCAGCAGUCGGGCGCCCAUGUAGAGCUCCAGAGGAACCCGCCGCCCUCCACCGACCCCAACACGCGCGUCUUCACCAUCAGGGGGUCCGCGCAGCAGAUGGAGCACGCGCGCCAGCUCAUUGACGACAAGAUCGGGGGUUCUGGCAUCAUGAGUAACGGAGGUUUCGGCUUCAGUCCCUUCACUCAAGGCCCCGCCCACCAGAACUGUGGUGGUGCCCAGACCUUCUUGACAGGCGUGUGGGGGAACACCUACCAGACCAGCUGGCAGAAUGCCGCGCAGCAGGACCCUGGUCAGCAGAGUCAGACUGCGAGUGUGAUGAGCGACUACAGCAAAGCGUGGGAGGACUACUACAAAAAACAAAGUCAGUCGUCCCAGCAGAGUUCGCUGCCCGACUACACAGCGGCGCUGGCCGAGUAUUACCGCCAGCAGCCGUACCUGUGGAACCCCGCCCAGAUCCAGGAUCACUAAGAGGCCCCUCCCACCCUUGGACGCCGCACCUCCUCCCUUCCUUUUGUAGAGCAAAUUAACGGAAACAGGAAGUGCUCUUCUGGUUUUAACCUCCAAAGUGUCGGACUUCCUGUUUGGCUUUUUUUUUUAAUUUUUUUUUUUUUUUUUUUUUCUGGGGACACUUUUGAACAAAGUUCACUUCACCUCCUUUUGUCUUUUUCUUUGUUUUUUCAACACGUGAUGCCUAGCAGUCUUGAGGAAGAUGAUGGUGAUUCUUGUUUUAAGCAUGCCGCAUAUUGUUUUACUUUUGUUAUUUUCAGUGUAGAUGUUUUGAUGGCGUCGGACAGAAUUGUGACACUUUGCCUUGACGGGCGUCUUUUUGUACGAAACUGUCAUUUUAUUUCUUCGGUCACCAUUUUGAACGUGCUUGUAACAAAGCCCUAAUUUCUUGUUUUUCUCUCGGUUCUGCGCUAGAAUCUUAAAUUUGGUCUUCUCUGUGGUCAAACAUCAGACGAUGUCGUAGUGCUGGCGGACGGCACCAAACUAGCACGUUAGCACUUGAAGUUUUGGUUAGCACCCGGCGGCUGAAAUGCUAGCGAUCUGUCACUUUGUUUGUGUCAAAUCACAAACGUUGUUGUAAAGUUUGUUUAUGAGGUUAGCUUUAGCCACCUAGCGUUAGUGAAAGGCAUGUGCUAGCAUAGCAUUGCGCACGGUUCGGGCCACAGAGACGUUUGACCUUGAAGGAUGUCUUUUUGUACAAAACUGUCAAUCAUUUUAUUUCUCCGUUCGCCAUUAUGGAUGUGCUAGCGAUAGCGACAAUGUCCUAAUUUGUUUAUUUUUGGUUUGAUGCUAGUUCUUAAUCUUGUUUUGGGAGUUUUUACUGCGUAAGAUGAUCCUGUAUUUGUGCUCUCUGCGGUCCGAACACGAGGCGACGUUGCGACAAACUAGCACGUUAACACUCAAUCUUAUGGUUAGCAGCUGAAGUGUCACAUUUUUUUGUCGAAUCACAAAUGUUGUUGAUAAAACGAAUUCACUUUCCCACUCUUUUUGUUUCGCAUCCUUCGGGGGUUGUCUCUGAGCCUUAGCGGAAGGAACGUGCUAGGUUGCUGCUAGCGUAGCACAGCGCACGUGUUGGACCACAGAGACGAUUUGUCAGGCUGCUCUUGUUGAUCGUUGUUGUACGUGUGUGACCAAGAUGAUGAUGAUGAUGACGAGUUGGGUUCAGGGGUCUAUUUAAAUGCAUUUAUGAAUAUUCGGUUUGGUAAUGAGCUAAUAUGCUAAUGUACAUGUCGUCACUUCAAAAUGAAUUUUAUUUUUAGGUUUUCACCCGCAAGGAGCUCUUCUCAAGACUGCUAUGCUAGAUGCUAAUGCUAACGUCUCUUGGCCUCGCCGGCUAUAGAGCGGCUCGAUAGCCUCGUUAGCACGGGCGGCGACUCCGAGGCCGGGAGACGGACGGAUCCAUCGGGGAGCGGGCGUAUCCCCCAGGGGUUUCGGAGGUGUGCCCAGAACCGCCCCGUUUUAGUUCUUCCCAGCUACGCCACUUUUUUUUGUUUUUGUUUUGUUUUGUUUUUUUCUGUGGUUUUUCUAACGGACGUUUGUCCAAAUGUAACCUUUGGACUUUUCUAGUAGAUUCUAUGGACUGACGGGCGAGGAAGACGAAGGUGAAGAUGAUGAUGAUGAUGAUGUAACCAUGAGGGCUAAUAAACAGGCUCCUUCUUUCUGA